AUGGACUUGCAAAGUGAGCCACGCUGGCAGUGGCCGUCAAGCUCCUCUGCUCCCUCGAGCUCAGAAAGCCCUCGGACUUCUGAUCCUCCCCCCGACCCCGCAGAGACAAGCGAUACUGCGAACCCGGACAGUUUUAGAAAGCACUACGGACCCCGUGAAUGCCGCAUCUGCUUGGAGACCGUCUACCCGACCUUUCAUCCCCCCUCUGAGAACCUGCCGGGAUUCCUUCAGCCUAAGCCGCGGGUGGUAUAUGAGUCCUCCGAUCCGGAAUCUGGUCGGCUUCUUCGACCCUGCAGAUGCAAGGGGUCCUCGCGAUAUGUUCAUGAGGGUUGUCUUCAAUCGUGGCGGCACGCAGACCCGGGCUACGCUAAGAGGAACUACUGGCAGUGCCCGACUUGUGGGUUCCAGUAUCGUUUGGAACGUCUGAGGUGGUCGCGUUGGAUCAGUAGCGCCAUGACCCAAAUUACAUUGACCUUGGGAAUUUUAGUGCUCACUGUCUUCUUGCUUGGUUUCGUUGCUGACCCAAUCAUCAACCUUUACGUGGAUCCCGUGGACACCAUAUAUCAUGUCGAAUAUUGGGAGUCCAGCCUUGGCAGUGAUGCUAGGCAAGAUGCUCCAAGUUACACUUGGAUAGAACACUUUGCGAAGGGGUUUACGUCAUUGGGGGUCCUGUCUUUAAUCAAGACACUCCUGGGGUCAUUAUCAUGGCAGAUAUGGGUACGCAGCUCGACUCUCAACGGAAGAAACUCCGGCAGGAAUCGAGCGGCUUCCAUAAGCUGGAUUAUGAUUGCGCUUGGUGUUCUGACUUUCCUUGCGGCUGUUUAUAAGGGUGUAAGAAGCUGGAGCCGAAGGACUUUGGAAAAGGCAGGGGAACGCGUCAUGGACGUCCCGUUACCUGAUGAUGAGGACGAGGACGAACAGGCUCCCUCGUCUAGCGACACCCAAGGACCAUCCAAAAAGGAUAGCUAG